UCAGUCACCAGUUGCACAUCUCUAGUUCAAGUUCAAACGCAACGCUCUUGCCAAAAAUUAAACAGUACACUAUCUGUGGUAAUAAAUUGGCAAGCCAUUCGAAUUUUUAACUUUUUUUUUAACUGUGCAGUGCAGUGGUCUGUGGUACUAAAAAGUUCGUAAUGUGAAAAGUUUUAAUCUGAAUGCUAGAACUUUUAUUUUGAAAUGUGAUGAGAGAUGGCACUCCGCAUAACGUGGCAAUCAACAUGUUUUGGAUUCUUCCUGAAGGCGGACACGAAGAUUUGAAGCAAAAUGAAUGAGAACAGCUGAUAAAAUGGAGCACACACACACUUCUCCGACAAGUACGGUGAUUGGAGCAAAUGAUACGGUUGAGUUUGAUGACGCUGAUGAUCCAGAUGCCGUGACCCUUCUUUCAAUAUUAAUAGUUGGUAUAUUUCUUUCCCUCCUGAUAUUUGUGAGUGCGGCAGGGAACAUCCUCGUCUGCAUAGCAAUAUAUACAGACAGGGGUUUGAGAAGGAUCGGCAAUCUAUUUCUGGCAUCGUUGGCAAUUGCUGACAUGCUCGUUGCUGCCGCUGUCAUGACAUUUGCUGGAGUUAACGACUUACUUGGGUAUUGGGUAUUUGGCGAGCAGUUCUGUGACACUUGGGUGGCUUGUGACGUCAUGUGUUCUACUGCAUCGAUACUGAAUCUCUGUGCUAUAUCUCUAGACCGAUAUAUUCACAUUAAAGACCCACUAAGGUACGGCCGAUGGGUGACUCGAAAAGUGGCCAUCGUUACAAUAGCGCUUAUCUGGCUGCUAGCAGUCAUGGUCAGCUUCCUGCCAAUAUCACUGGGGCUUCACCGACCGCCUGAUGAAGUGCUCAACACGACGGACAAGCCCAGAUACCCCACGUGCGCUCUAGUUCUGACACCGACGUAUGCCGUCGUGUCAAGCUGUAUAUCCUUCAUUCUUCCGUGUAUUGUUAUGAUAAGCAUUUAUUGUAGACUAUAUUGCUACGCCCAGAAGCAUGUUAAAUCAAUCAGAGCAGUAACACGAACCGUUCAGUUACCAGACAACAGAACCAAGUCUGUCCGGACCAGAGUACAUACUCAUGUUCAUUCGUCACCAUACCACGUAUCUGACCAUAAGGCAGCCAUCACAGUGGGGAUCAUAAUGGGGGUUUUUCUGCUCUGUUGGGUUCCAUUCUUCUGUGUGAACAUAGUCGCAGCGUUCUGUAAGACGUGUAUACCAGAUCUCGCCUUCAAAAUCCUUACAUGGCUCGGCUAUUCAAACUCAGCAUUCAACCCAAUCAUCUAUUCAAUAUUCAAUACAGAGUUUCGAGAAGCAUUCAAAAAGAUUCUCACAUCAAAGUACCCGCUCUGCUGCGGAUACAAGAGUGUUCGAGCGCAUACCCCUACGAGAAAUGACAACUUCGUCACAGACUAUGGCACUAAAACGUUGGUAGUACGAAGAAGUGGGUCUUUAGGGCUAUCUGGCGUAGACCCGACGCCAAGGUCAUCAGCAGAAUCGGUGAGACCUUUACGAGACUACCAUAUUUGACAAGAGGAUGGGGGUAGCAAUAAUGGGCUACUCAAUAAAAGUGAUGUGUGAACUUGAGACGUUUUAGUUGAUAAGGAAUUGUAAUGAUAUGGCCUGAUUCUUAAAAUUUGAAAUUCUAUCACAGUUACCAAGGUUAGAAAUAAUUUCAAAGACCUUAACGAAUAGUCAUUAAUUUUAAGUUUAGAAAACCAAAGAUUGGUUUUAUAGACAGACUCGAAUAAAUGCUCUUUGAACUCAAUAUAAUUAGUGUCGUCUAGCAAGCUAAUAGAUAAACUGUACAGGUUGGUGCAACACCACUCUCAAUCUCGAACAAAAGCCUAAACUUAACUACGUGUGUAAACAGAUGAAAAAAACCUGACUUGAAUUAAAUUUAAUACGCAUGACUCACACGUAUUUAAUGUUUAGGGCUGGCGCCAUUUUGAGAUUAAAGGAUCUCUGUCUUGCCAAUCUGUUUGUCCCUCAGUCACCCGUUCUUCUCAGGGGAAUCAAUAUGAAUUUCAUUUAAUAUUAUCAUAAGUGUUUAUUUCAUUUACCCUGUAUAAUUUAUUCUUUGUUUUUGUUGUUUCGAAAGAACAGAAUACUCAGUGCGAUAGUUAUACAUAUUUUCUGUUUAGAUAAUUUAUACGUCUAGGUAGAGCAUCUUGCUGUUAGACAACCGAUGAAAACAGGCCAAGUUUAUUACUUUAGUGUGCGUGACAUGCUACAGUAACUUUGUGUUACUAAAAAGGCAUUUAUAUUUUUCUCAAAAUUGAUUCCUUUAGAAUUAUUUUUGAUGUCAUUUCAAAUAUACUAGAUAUGAUCUCUGAGAGGGAAGAAGUGGCGCAAGAAACUGUCCCAGCAUUCUUUUUUUUGCGCUCUUUUCAAUAAAAUUACAGUAUUCUAAUGUCAUUGGUAUUGCUAUAAAAUAAUCAUAAUCUAGUCCCAGGCUCUCCGAUCACUUAUGUAUGUGUACAUUGCUCAAAAUAGAGGUUCACACAGUCACUGUAUCUAAAAAAUAAUUAUAUCUAAAUGAUCUAAGAUUUGCUAUGAAAUCUUCUUCUCUCUGAGUACUUUGUGUUUGCGUAAUGUCGACUCGAUCGCCAGAGGAAUAGUGGUUGUUAACCUCGCCUUAAUGUCGUUUUUACUUUUAUCAUGCAGUUGUAAGCAAGCGCCGUAAUAUAUUUGUUUUCAAAAAUUGAAUUUAAACAAUUUUAUGCUCAAUUCUUUUGUUGGUUACUAAAUUAUUUA